AUGUGUAUACUGUGUGUGAUUCAGAAGUUGUCUCGCCGGGUUGCUACAGUGCUACCAUGGUUGGUUAUUCCGUUAAUAGGGCUAUGGGCACUUUCUCAGCUUCUUCCGCCGGCGUUUCGUUUUGAGAUUACUUCGCCUCGGUUGGCUUGUGUAUUUGUGUUGUUGGUUACUCUCUUUUGGUAUGAGAUUUUGAUGCCUCAGUUGUCGGCUUGGCGGGUGAGGAGGAAUGCUAGGCUUAGGGAGAGGAAGAGGUUUGAGGCUUUAGAGAUGCAGAAGCUGCGGAAGACUGCUACGAGGAGGUGUCGCAACUGUUAUAAUCCGUAUAGGGAUCAAAACCCUGGUGGGGGUCGGUUUAUGUGUUCCUAUUGUGGGCAUGUUUCUAAGAGACCAGCUUUAGACUUACCUCCCGGAUUGGCGAUUUCGAAUUCUGGCAUUGUUAAGGAGUUGGUUGGUAAAAGUGGAAAGAUAUUAAAUGGCAAGGGUUGGUCUGAAAAUGGAUGGAUGUGUAGUCAAGACUGGUUGGAGAAUGGAAAUUGGGUAGGUGGGCCUAUUCCAGGUAAUCCUAGCAACUGGAAGACUAACGAGAAUGCUGGUCUUUUUGGAGGAGAUGAGCAUUGUGUAACAGAGAGGUCGUAUUCUGGUAUUUUGUAUUUCAUUUGUAAACUUUUAACAUCUUUUUUCUUGAGCAUUAGAUGGCUCUGGAGAAAGAUUUUUAGAAUUAGUUCAAGGGAAGAAUGUUCGUCGGAUGCUGAACAUAGGGCACUAGCAAAACGGGGUGAGAAUGGAGAAAGUCUCAAUGAAAGUAGAGGGGAAAAAGCACGCAGGAAAGCCGAGGAAAAAAGGCAGGCAAGGCUAGAGAAAGAACUCUUGGAGGAGGAAGAAAGAAAACAGAGGGAGGAGGUUGCUAGGUUAGUGGAGGAGCGUAGGAGACUGAGAGAUGAGAAAGCAGAAGCUGAAAAAGAUCGAAUGAGAUCAUUAAAUCCGAGUAAGGAGACAAACAGCAGGAAGGAAACUGAAAAGAAGCGGCAGGAAAAAAGAAGAGAUAAAGAUAAAGGUUCUAGUAAGAGCAACUCUGAUGUGGAAGAAUUGGAAAGAAGAGCUGGAAAGGAAAAUGAACGGAAGCGUGAUGUCGAGAAAAAAUGUGAAACAGAUCGUAGAGAGCAUCAGAAAUCUGGGUUAGAGAAUGGCAAGGGACAGAGUACAGACAAUGCACAUAGUAAAAAUAUGACUGCAAACAAUUAUAAUCGAGGAAAUACUGGAACCAGGUACUUUGAUCGCGUGCGUGGUACAUUUCUGUCCUCUUCGAAAGCAUUUGGUUUUGGAAGGGGAACUAGUAGUCCUGCCACUGUGGUGAAAGAAACCAAGUUUAACAGUUCUGCAGAUCAUGUUUAUAAUUCCGCCAGCAAGAGAGAUAUCUGUCCUCCUGAACGUCCAACUGCAAAAACCAAUUCGAAUGGAGAUGAAAGGAAUAUCAAUCACUCUGUACUCCCAGAACCGAAGCCAUGGACGGCGCCUAAAAUGUCAUGGCAUCAGUUAUUUACUCGAUCUUCAUCUGUUCCACAAUCUUCAAAUUCAAAUGUAAUAUGUAGACCAAAUUCCAAAACUCAAGCAGAAGCCAAAAGCCCUCAGUCAUCUGGCCAGUCACCAGUUACUCGAUCUUUUAAUAAUCCAAUUCAUUUUGGUCUUCCGUCGCCGUUUAAUAUUUCCACCCACCCAAAUGGUGGAUCAACCAGUAGUAGUUUAGGUUUUUCUCCUGCAAUUGAACAGUUAUUCUCUCCAGUUAGAAAUGCAUCACAUGAUUUUAGACACGAUGAGCAAGAGCUUUUUGAAGACCCGUGUUAUGAUCCGAUUCCAGCUUCCUUGCUUGGGCCUGUUUCAGAGUCCCUUGAUAAUUUUCAGUUGGACUUGGGAACUGGCUUUGGGACAGACAUGGAAAUAGCAAAGCCUCACUCUUUAAAAAACAUAUCUGCUGGUUCCGAUUUCAAUAAGCUAUCUCCGAUUGAGUCCCCAUUGUCCCGGGAAAAGCAUGCUUCUCCUGCAGAUGAUGCAGCUGCAAGUGAUAAGGGAACAUGGCAGAUGUGGAGUACUUCACCACUUGGUCAGGAAGGUUUAGGCUUGGUAGGUGGCCCAGGAAGUUGGCUAUUAUCUUCACAGAGAAAUGUGCCAAACAAGGAUGAUUUUAUGCUUCCAUCUCAGAAGACUAUGGCUUCCCUUUUCAACAAAGAUGAUAACUUGAUUUCCAAUACACAUUCCCCUCAGAAUGUUUUUCUUCCUAAUGGUCAGAGUGGCGGGAACAUUAGCCCUGUUACAAGUUCAAAUAGUUAUGAUCCUUGGUCUCAAAGUACUUUCUUCCCACCAUUUUCAAGUGGCUUUACAAGCCAGGAGGUAGCUCCACAGAAUGAAAUUAUAUAUGGAAGUCCCAAUGGAACUACUACUAGCCAUUUACUUGAGGGUUCUCCAGAUAACAGUUGGUCCAAAAAGGAAUGGCCUAUACAUGGUUCCACGGAAAGCGUAGGGAAGUCAUCUAAUACACGUCUGCUUAAUGGAGGUCUACAACCAACCUCAGAUGUACAGUCGUUUUGGUCAAUAGGAUGA